GAGACACCUGAAAACAGUUCCAGCUCUUAACAAGAAGACUCAAGACGAAACAGAAGAAAGAUGCUGUGCUCUCAUGGAUUCCCAUCUGUCCUCAGUCCAUUCGUGGAUUUCUCCUGGCCUGUACACAGUCUGUGGCCAGAGGUCAGACCUCUGCUCUACCAGCAGGAUCUCCUGCAGAGAAACCUACAUGAGUUGCGCAGCAGUCUGCAUUUGAUGGAGAAACUUCAGCGCCAGAUUCUGGAGGACAGAGAGCCUUUCAGGAGCAUCAUGGCUCUGCAGCCAGUCUCCUACCAGCUGGAAAAAGAUGGAGAGCACUUUGGCCUAACCCUGGACACUCAAGGCUUUUCUCCAGAGGAGCUGUCGGUCAGACAGGUGGGCAGAAAGCUACAAGUCAGUGGGAAGACAGAGAAGAAACAAGAAGAUGGGAAGGGCUCCUACUCUUACAGACUGCAGGAGUUCAGACAGGACUUUGAUCUGCCUGAAGGGGUGAAGCAUGAAGAUGUGAGCUGCUACCUUUCUCCAGAUGGAAAGCUCCACAUCCAGGCAGCCAAAGUUCCUUGUAUUGAGGCGGCUGAGAGAGAGUUGACUAUCAAGAGGAACUUGGAGGAGGAAACACAGCAGAGUGUUUGUUCACAAGCAGAAGACAGCCUAGCAGAAACACACAACCAAUCGUAGAACAAACUAACAUACUGUACAUGUGGUUGUACUACUGAGAAAUUAUUGUUGUUAGAGAAUGAUUCAUUU